AUGGCAGGCCCAAUUCGACAACCUAUUGAUCUCGACAAGCUCGCAAAGUACAUUGAUCAGAAUGCACCAGAGAUCAAGACGCCGCUGGACGUGAAACAGUUCGGCUAUGGACAAUCCAACCCAACAUACCUCCUCACAGACUCCAAAGGCGACAAAUAUGUAAUGCGAAAGAAGCCCCCGGGCAAGCUCCUCUCGGAGACCGCCCACCAAGUCGACCGCGAGUACCGCAUUAUUAAGUCCCUCCAAGACACCGACGUCCCUGUCCCGAAAGCGAUAUGCCUCUGCGAGGAUGACAACGUCGUAGGCACAGCCUUCUACAUCAUGUCCUUCCUCAACGGUCGCAUCUUCGCCGACCCAGCCAUCCCCGACGUCUCCCCCGAACAUAGGAACGCAAUGUGGAAGAGCGCAGUGACAACCCUAGCCAAGUUCCACCGCAUCGCCCCAAAGAGCGUUGGCAUGGAAUCCUUCGGUCGUCCCAAUAACUUCUACAACCGCCAACUCAAGACCUUCGCAACCUUGUCAGUAGCACAAGCACAAACCAAAGACAUCGAAACAGGCAAACCAGUCGGCAACGUCCCCCACUACGACGACAUGGUGUCCUUCUUCUCCAACCCACAAACCCAACCAAAAGACCGCGGCACUUUCGUCCACGGAGACUACAAAAUCGAUAAUAUGGUCUUCCACCCCACAGAACCCCACGUAAUCGGCAUCCUCGACUGGGAAAUGGCCACAAUUGGUCACCCAAUCUCCGACAUCGUUAACCUCACAUCCCCGUUCGCGACAGCUAAUGACCCGCUCGCUGAAGCGGCGGGGCGGGCGAAUGAUGCGUUCAAAUCUGGGAUGACGCCGGGGCUACCGACGAAGGAAGAGUGUCUGAAGUGGUAUCAAGAGGUUGUCAAUCUCGAGAUCACGCCGGCGGAGUUGACGUGGGGCGAGGCGUUUUGGCUUUAUAGGGGUGCGAUUAUCUGUCAGGGCAUUGCGGCGAGGUAUGCGGUGAGGCAGGCGAGUAGCGAGAAGGCGAAGGAGUAUGCGGUGCAGAUGUAUCCCAUGGGAGAGAUGGGGUGGGAGUUCGUGAAGAGCGUGCAGAGGCAGUUUGAGGAGGGAAAGGGAAAGUCGAAAUUGUGA